UCUUCCUCCCACAUUCUCUUUCCCAGGUUCUUACAUUCUCUUCAAGUAUCUGCGUUCUUUGCCAGACAAGAAGCAUUUGCGGCCCUCUGAACAUCUUCCUCUGUGGAAUCUGUCAUUCUUCCGAGAGCCUAUUCGAGGUGGUCCGCCCCCAUGGCUCCCGAGUGGCAGACCGAAUGUAUGCUGCCUCAAACCCAACCAGGUCUUGAGAGCGUAGGAGCCCAUCCAGGUCGAGUUCUCCAGAACACCUCUGGGAACAUCCAGUCCUACUCAGACAACCUGGCACAUACGGACCCCACCGGGCGUGACGACCAUCUUUCACACUAUGCUUUCAAAUACCCUCCUCAUCCCCCAGUCCCAACACACCCAAUGCCUACCACUGCCAGCCUCCAUCACCCGCAAGUUUUAGCCAACCGUUUCCAAACAAAGAAACUACGACGUCUUCAUUCACUUGGCCCUAAUUUGCUUGGGCCCCGUAGGACAAGAAGCUAUCUCAAGAGCCAAAAGUAUUUGGAGUACAGGUCACGCCCUCGCCGGGACACUGGAAAGGAUGGGGAACCAGUGUGGUCCGAUGAGCUUGAGGAUGCUUUUCAGCAAGCCCUCGAGGCGAAUCCCCCGAUGGGCAGAAGAAAGUGGUCUGAACGCGGGAAAUCGUAUGGUCGGAAUGAACUCAUAGCGGAGUACAUCUACAAGACCACUGGGAAAAGGAGGACGAGGAAGCAGGUCUCGAGUCACCUCCAAGUACUUGAUUCUUUCCUCAAGGGUGAUCCUGAUUGGGAGAGACUUGUACGGGAGCAAGCAGCAGACCGUUCGAACGGCCAACCACAGUCAACCGGUCCUCGAUGGAGAACCUCGAUGGAUCUCCCAUUCACAAGUCAAUACGGCAAUCAUAAUUAUCCCUCCUAUCAUGAUCCUCUGAGACCGGUGCAACCUUACCCGGGGGAGUUGCCUCCUCCACACCUUGUUUUCAACCCAAAUAUGCAUACCGAAACGAACGUAAAUAUGAUCUGUGGCCUCAGUUUUGAUAUGUGGGUCAGCGCACCGAAUCAGCCAGAGCGCAUUGAGAACGCGUUCCACAAAUACACUCGUCUUCAAGGAGACCAACGGCAUCCUGGUGCUCCUCCGAAACUUUUAGAAGAUGUCCCAACUUGGCGGACGUCAUUUCCUCAUCUGAACUCUGUGUUGACAGAUCUUAAUAAUCCAUUAAACUGCGAAGUUAUAUUACUAGAAGCCAAUCUUGAAUUGAUGGAUGAUUUUCCACCAUCCGGCUCGAAACUUGGGAUCCAACUUGAGCUGGACUUUACCCAGUCCCCUACCGGUGAUGCCCUGACGAACCAGAUGGAGAACUGGUCGUGCAGCACGUAUAUCUACGAGGACGGUCAAAGGAUAUCGAAGACAUACCAUAACCUCCCUAGACAGCAAUCGAACAAAGUGAAGCCUCCCUUUGAAUCCUCGUGGUGGGCAAGGCGUUUCACAGAGCUCACCCAAGACAAACAAGUGAAUGAGAAGUCUGGACAAUACCAUGCGGCAGACGAGCAAACGAGGCAGUUCUUUCGUACCCUGACCGCAGUCCAAGAGAUACGGGCUACCCCCAGUUCACGGCGGGUAACCAGCCAAUACCUCGAUCAUUCUCAGGACGACAGCAAAAUAAUGGCUAUUUUACUUUGGAAAUUCCGGCAAACACGGGCAAAAGAAGUGGGCACUACUACCUGGCGCCGUGUGAUCCCUCCCUCCCCCGACCGAAAUACGAUCAACAGCCCGAAGCCCCCAACGGGGAUCGACCUCCCUCCCUUGUCUUUUGAUCCACUUCCCCUGACUAGACCUCCUCCAAGCGUGUAUCCCACUCCUCAGUCGCACGACUUGUUGAAUCCUGGUGGGCCUUCACAACCGCAAUGGCCUUUGUACCAGCCGCCUCAGGACAACAUGUUCAAUCCGAAUGGAGGCUUUGACUUCAUCGGCUCUAUCACCAAGCAAGAGGGUGGCCUUAAUGAUAAGACCGCAGUCACCUCAGUGUUAGAUUCCUUUCCUAACCUGCAACCUGAAGUCACUCAGCCCACGAGCCUUAAUGGCUCUACUGGAGGAGCCGGGAUGAUGAGUGUCCACGAGAUGAUGUCGCACAGUGGUCUUGGGGCAUACACCCUCGGCCAUGAUAACCACUAUGGACCGCCCCAUCAACAUGGAGUUAGUGUUCACGAUAAUAAUCACGUCUUGAAUAAUGGCAUGUUUGGAUCCAGCACCCAGUCCAUCGAUGACAUCAGUCAUACCCACGCACCUUGGGCGACCCCCAGCACGACAAUCACUGAUGUCGGUUCCAACAAUUAUACUCACCUACCCUUUUCUGAUCACCAGGGACCGCCACCACGAGGCUCCGAUCAGUCCAACAGCUUUGAAUUGAUGGGUCCUGAUGAUCUCAUUGGUAUGUCUGGUGAUCCUGGUCUAAAUGGGACAGGCCCAGGUCACAGCAACCAUACCUAUGCCGAGAAUAAUACAGUCGAGGCAGCGUAACGAAGAUUUAUUUAAUAAUCGGACUAACGGAGGCCUACUGAUGAUAAUAAUGGCAGCCCAAAAGUGUCGCGUGGUUUCAUGUUUCCCCCUUCUCUUAGUUUUCAAUUUUUCUGUCUGCCUUUUCUUUUGUUUUCUGGCGCAGGAGUUUAGUGGUGGAAUAUUGGG